AUGCUAUUUUUUAUCAACAAACUAGCCUUUUCAUCAUUCAGGGUCUUCUUCUUCAGCCUGCUUUUGGUUUCUUCUUUCCAUGUCUUUGAUUCUGUUUCGGGAACUUUUAGAGAAGCAUCAACAAGACAGAAGGAACCGAAUGCUCUUCUAAAAUGGAAGGCUAGUCUUGAUAAUCAAAGUCAAUCCUCCCUCUCUUCUUGGGAUGGAAAUGGCCACUGUAACUGGACUGGGAUCAUUUGUGACAAGUCUAGAAGGGUCAACCAGUUAAACCUUUCAAAUUUCGGUUUAAAAGGUGUUGGUAAUCUAUCUAGAUUAACAUACCUGGACUUGUCUUCCAAUAAUCUUCCUGGGUAUAUUCCCUUUGAAAUAGGAAAGCUAAGGUCUAUUUCAGAGCUUCAUCUGGAAAGAAACAUCCUAACAGGUUCGAUCCCUCCUUCCAUAGGAAACCUGACAGACCUGUCUUUUCUCCACUUACAAAAAAACAUGCUCAAUGGUUCUAUACCUCAACAAAUUGGAAUGUUGAAGUCCCUGUAUAAACUUGCACUCUCUGACAAUAAUCUGCUUAAUACACUAUCAGGAUUUAUUCCUUCUAGUAUUGGAAACUUGACAAAUCUCAUUGAACUAUUCCUGCAUUGCAAUAAGUUACAGGGCUCGAUUCCUUGGGAAUUAGGUAAACUCCUAUCCCUUGAUGAGCUACGACUGUUCGGCAACAGUCUCAGUGGUUUCAUUCCAGCAGAGAUGAACAAUCUUACAAGUUUGAAAGCUUUUGAAGUCUCUGAAAACUUCUUGAUUGGCCAUUUACCACAACAGAAGUCUCUGAAAACUUCUUGA